CGGGUCUGGUCUUGUACCAAGUUCUAGUUCCCGCUCCAUUUAUGCAUUGGCCCCAAGGAUGCCAACUAUCUACCACCAUUAACAUUUAAUCCAUUCACACGCGGCCUUCGCCUAUUGGGGUAAUUCCCAAAGCACUAUUUUCUGAAAGGCGUCAUACCCAACUCUGAAUCUGUAUAGUGAAGAUCUCUUGACUGCAUGAGGCUGAAACUUCCGUGAAACACAGGUGGUGGCUUCACAAUGGGAGCUUCAGAGUCAAAGCUAGUCUUUAAACAGGGCAUCUUCCGUCUCUCAGAGGAAAAGGAUAUUCCUGCGGAUGAUCCAUACUGGGCCAGAUUCUGGGAGCUCCCAGAAUCAACCGAGGAUGUCUUCAGUUUAUUCACCCCCGCCGAUAUACGACGGACUCGCGAUAAUGCGUUAUCGAACUUCGAAACCCUAUUACUUUCGGUAUCAUCUCGUCUCACUAUCUUAAAGAAUCACCCCUCAUUUCCGGAUCCUGAGCUUGCCCCCGACCGUGACGCGCUGAACUGCAUCCGCAUUCUCACCCGUAUUCUCCCCUUCGUUUACGAGGCCGAUCACCUAGAGGACUGGGAGGAGAAAUUCUUUUGGGGUCGUCGGAAGAAAAAGACACGGGAAGCGCAAGUGGCAGCUGAAAUACUCUUUGACGAGGCCCAAGAUGAAGGCGGAGAACCACGACUGCCCAAUGAGUACGAAGAGGUGAAACCUUUGGCUGAAGAAUUGAUCGAUACUCUAUUUGAUCUCCUCUUUUACGCAGACUUCACUAUCCCAAAACUCCCGACGGCCAAGAGCAAAAUUUCCUACUCAAUAUGGCAGAGUGGUGUUGGGUGCAACACGUCCAUGGGCUCGAACAAGGAGCUGGAAAACAACCGGUGUGAGGUGAUUCGGCUAUUGCUUACCAUGACAGGAAAGGCAAUGUACAUGCCUUCAAGUUUAUUGCCAGUACAGGGUGUAAAGGCCAUUUCGUACAUGGCUACAUGUCCUGAUAAGCAGGCGGUUCUAACACUGCUCUGUUCACUCUUAAACACGGCCAUCAAAUAUAAUCCCGCUUCUUGGAGGGUGCCUUAUGACCAUGUUGUCUGGAAAGAUCCCAAACAAAUAUUGGUUAUAUAUUGCUUACAAUUCCUCUUGGUGCUUCUCUUAUAUCCGAUUCCGGAAGAUGGGCGCGGAGCUCCGCCCAAGAAUUACUACCGUCAUUACUUCGGAAGGCUGCACAGACCGCAAGACUUCCAAUUUCUCGUUGAUGGCAUGACCAGAAUUUUAAACCAACCUAUGCAAGCAACGAAUUUCUACCUUCCUGGGAGUCAGAAGACUAUCAAGUGGGCUCCCGAGAUGAUGAUGCUCUUCUGGGAAGCCUUACAAUGCAAUAAGCGAUUUAGGUCAUUCAUUAUAGACUCUAAUCGCUCACAUGACUUUGUGAUUCUUUGUUUAUUCUAUGCUAUUGUAUACAAAUCCGAUCCUUCGCAGCAAGGUUUGGUCAGGAUGUGUAUAUUCAUUAUACAGACUAUGAGCGUCGAGCCUAAUUUCGGGAAGAGUUUGAACAAGAAGUUCGAAGCCCAAGAGACGCUUCCACAAAGCAUUCGUAUUCUUGGUUUCAAGGGAUCAUAUGCUGAUUACUUGGUCAUGUCCAUUCACACCCUGAUCACAGGAAGCAAAGGAAAAUUGACCGCUGUCUACCCGGCGCUCCUAGCCAUCAUCAAUAACAUAGCUGCCUACGUGGAAAACCUGUCCCCAGCUGCAUGCUCCAAACUUCUGCAGCUCUUCUCGUCGAUGGCUGCCCCUAGUUUCCUACUAGCCAACGAGACGAAUCAUGUUCUUCUUUCCUCGGUACUUGAAUCCAUCAAUGCGAUUCUGGAACAUCAACUUACCAAAAAUUCGUUCCUGGUGUACGCCAUCCUUAAACACAGAAAACGUUUUGAAGCAGUUCGAGAAUUCACUCUGGAGAGUGGGCAGCAGGAGAUAGAACGCCAAAAUGAGAGACGAAAAUCGGAAGGCGGGUCUUACGAUUUUGUCUCCAGUCCAGUUCUAUCUGCAUCUGAAGACGAUUCGCACACAGCUUCCGGCGCGCGGUCACCGCUUGGCCGUAUUCCCGAAGAAAAUAAUCCUUUCGCAAUUGGCGGAGAUGAUUCGGAUGACGAGCAGGAAGAGCAGAAGACGCCGGCACAAUCAUCUCCAUCUGUGCAGAGUUCCCGAAGGCCGUCAAUUUCAUCUGCUGUUGACGAAAGUGUGCCGCUACAGCUACGGGGAAUGUCUGAAAAAGCCCGGGGCAAAAUGCCUGCUGGGCAGCCAUCAUUUUCCAGACAAAAUAGCAUGACCAGCCAAAGCAGUAUGUCGGCGGUCUUUCCAACAACUCCCAGUGGUUUCACGCCAACUGUGGCUUGGCUUGAGUCCUGGCUUCCCGAGCUACCACUCCACACCAUCCUUACCAUUAUCUCGGCUAUCACUUCCCACGUCCCCGAGUCUGCCUUCCAAAGUGCUUCCAGUCCGGAAGCUCGUACUCUAAUCACUAACCUCCCAUCCUUCGCGGAAGAACCGAUGAUUCAAAGUAUAAUUUCCGAGCCCCCUCCCACCCGCGUACAUUCCUUUGAAUGGUCAGCUCUUUCGAUGGGUUGGUAUGAAUCCUUACUGUGGGGAUUCAUCUUCUCGAGUGAGAUGGUCGUCGGCUCCGCGUCGGGCGCCACGCCGGGUACCGUUGGAGUAUGGAAUGGCACCGGCAUCAAACUUUUCAAAGUUCAGGAGGCCGCAGCACAAGGUCCCACUUUACUUGCUCCAAAGGGGGCUGUUGACGCUGUUGGCAGUAAUUUAGUCCAGCGACUCGGGAACCUAAGCCUCCGUAGGGCCAGCGCGCAAGAUUCUCAGAACAGCUCCAGAGCUCCAUCUGUCCGGGAGGUCUAAUAUAUUCGCAAGUAAGGCUUUUUAUUCUGUCCCAGCUAGCCGAAUCAGCGUUCGUUAUGCUAUUAUAUAGAGCCUAGCUUUUUUUUUCUAGUGAUAUGUUCAUGUUCAUUUUUAAUGAUACCUUGGUGGCGUUUGCAAUUGAACAUGUUUGCUCGUGCA